AUGACCUCUCUCCUGUGCGGCGAUUUGAUAAAUGGCUGUGCCGGACUUCUACAGGAACUCGUAUCUAGAGAUCUUGCAGCAUCGGGGAGUGCUUUGUCUUCACCAGAUACAGCCUCUCACACAGCUGUCCUCUCAACAUAUGUCCUUCCAAAAGUAUUCCAGGAGCCGGGAAAUGAUGGAGUUUGGCGCCUGGCACGGCACAGCAAGUAUUGGUGUCGUGAAAUAUGGAUUCUCCCGCUGCAUGACCAAGAGAUGGAACAUUGGCUGUUAGUGGUUAUCUGCUUGAAAUCUCAUGAUGUCUACCUCUUUGACAGCUUUGGGUCACGAGAAAUUCUGAAUCCCUGGAUACCAAAAAUGUUCACCAUUAUCACUUUGCUGGUUGAUGCCGCGCAGGAACAAGGUCAUUUGCGAUCUGUCCCGAAGCAUGGUUGGGUUGUACAGCCGCUUAAUAUUAAGCGACUGCAGUCGAAUGGUCAUGACUGCGGGGUGUGGAUCUUGUACGCAAUGACUGCCGUGUUAAGGGGAAAGACUAUACCGUUUACACCAGAGGAGGAGAUGGUCGGUUUCCGUGCAUGGCUUUCAAGAAUGAUUAGAUGUUUGCCAUGUCAAGUCCUCGAAUUCUGUGAUCCGUCAUUGUCAGAUAGUAGUAGCGAUAUUGAGAUGUAUUAG